AUGCAUCCCACCGGAGUACUUCUCGCGAUCGCUACUUUCAGUGGAUACGUCGCGGCUCAGUCUUCCCAAUGGACCGUGGAUCAAAGCUGUGAUGCUGCCAAUAUUGUCGAGGCUUGCAUUAAUCUCAUUUCGCCUAGAAUCACUGGUUGCACCAAAAAUGGAAAUGAUUAUGAAUGUCUUUGCCUUCAGUACACAGAUUUGGCAACAUGCUAUAACAACUGCCCUAAUGACCCGACUGCCUCGUCCAUUAAGAACACUAUAAUCUCGUACUGCGGUGCCUACUCUGCAACAGCCAGUACUAGUUCAGUUGCCACUGCCACUGGAAGUUCCACAAGAUCUUCCACGGGAACUUCCGCUGGUUCCGACGCGACUGCUACCACAACUAGAGGUGACAGUUCUGCCGCUACCAGCUCCUCAGCCACAAGCACCUCAACAAAUUUCGGUACUGUUAUCACUCCGGGCUAUAGCUAUGGAGCUGUUGCUGGUCUCCUGGCUUUCGCUGGCGCUUUGUUGUAG